AUGUCACUUCCAGUUCUGAUCAACGGUGCUGGCUUGGGCGGAGUAUGCCUUGCUCAGGCCCUCAAGAAAAACAACAUCCCUUUCAAAUUAUUCGAGCGAAACGGCCAAAGCAAUGUUCGCGCUCAAGGCUAUCGUCUAAGAAUUACCUCUUCCGGCGUCGAAGCUUUGGACAAAGCUCUCACGCCCGAAGUUUUCACGCUAUUUGAGAAGACAUGUGCCGACGCGCCAAAGCUCGGCGUGAGGGUCAAGCCCGAUGGAUCGACUGCACCAUUCGCGGCUCCACCAGGAGGACCUGGAGGGAGAGCUUAUACGGUUGAUCGCAGUGUAUUUCGCGACACACUACUCACAGGGCUCGAAGGAAAUGUCUUUUUCGACAAGAACCUUGAGCAAUACACUGUCCACGAGGACAAAGUCACAGUCUCGUUUUCCGACGGAACUACAGAAGACGGCGCACUCUUGGUUGGUGCAGACGGUGUCAGAUCGAGUGUACGCAGACAACAUAUCCCCAAUUUCAGGGGCCUUGACACCGGCAUGCGCAUAAUAUUCGGAAAGACGCCCCUUACUCCAGAGUUCUUAGCGAAGUUGCCAGAGGAAUAUCGCGAUGGAAUGAGUCUGGUCACAAACGAAGAUGACAAUUCUCAGCCCGUUCUGAUGUUCGAAUCGAUCCAAUUUCCCCACGCCGAGGAAGUUUCAACCGUUAAUAUCCCGGCUCCAUAUAUGUAUUGGGUUCUGGUCGUGCAUCGCUCAAAGAUCUCAUCCUCCGACCAAGAUUCGUGGCAUCUCUCUGCUUCCGAAGCAGCCAAUCUUGUCGACCAGCUGACAAGCUCUUGGAAUCCACAUAUUCGCACUAUAUUCGGAAUGUCAGAUAUAAAUCAAACAUCCAUUCACUCUAUUUUGUCUGCAGGACCGGAAAUUGACGGAUGGAGACCAUCUGCCCGAGUUACCCUACUGGGUGACGCGGCUCAUGUGAUGCCACCCACCGGAGCGAUGGGUGCUAAUACGGCAUUGCGAGAUGCGGCAGAUCUAGCGCAGCGGAUAGUUGCGGUUGGAGGUGUGCAGAGCGUGGAUGAGGCAAUGAUCGGAUCUUAUGAAGCGGACUUGAGAGACUUUGCCAAAACGGCUAUAGAAUUGAGUUGGAGAGGCGGUUUGAAGAGCUUUGGCCUGAAACCUGUGGAGGAAUGUGAACCAAUUUCUAUGUGA